AUGAUUCUUGUAUUCUUUCCUUUCUUUUUGUUAAUACUUACAGUUCAAGGUCAAAUACAAGAGGAUCUGAUUGUAGAGUGCUAUUCAUCUGCUGCUGAUUGUACUAGUAAUACUAAUGGAGUCAGUCUUGCAGCUAUUGACUGCUGUAAUAGAACUGGUGGAGGAUAUAUAUCUCAUCCUGCAGCACAUCAAUGUGGUGCAUGUGUUGUUGUUGGUUUUGAUCAAUCACGUGUGCAUAUUGGUCCAAGUGAUGCUGGUAGAAGAUACUCAUUUACUGCUGAUGUACUCCUCAGUACUCCUGGGGCUCCUGAUGUUACUGGUCUGGAUUAUGUUAUUUCACGACAGCCAGUUAUGCUAGUUAAUGUUACUGACUACUUAAGCUCAGAUUUUGCUGGACGAACCAAUGGUUUCCUACCAGAAAGGUUUAGCAUACAAUAUGUAUCACAAGGGAAUGCUGUUGCUCUCCAACCAAUUCUUUCAUUCAAUUACACAAUUGCUGCUGAAACUAGUUGGAAUGAUCCAGCAAUACCAUCAGGAGUUGUACUUGUAUACAGACGUCUUAGUAUUACAAUUGAUGAUAUAGACAUAAUUACUGUUGGUCUUCAAGAGCCAUCAAUAGUUUUAGAAGGUAGUAUUGCUAUAGCUAGGGUUGAACGUCAAAUAAUUGCAUAUGAAGCUCCUUUUGAAGUCACUGUCUCAAAUGAGAGGUAUACUGGCCCAUUGUCUCAAGAUGAAGCUGCUGUUGGAGACUUUGAUUUUUUCAACUUUACUGAGCAGCAUAGUGUUGUAUUUCAACCAGCAACAUUAAACGAGCAACGCUUUGAAGUAUUGAUGUUUAUGAUGCCACGGGAUAAUAGUGUGGAAUUACAAGAAGCGUUUAGGUGGAGACUCAGUGUUAAUGAUUCUAGAGUUAGAAUAGAUUCUGACACUCGAAUAGUAAGACUUGACAAUCAAGAUGUUUUCAGUAUCGGGUUUAAAGACCUACAUGUUACUAUUAAAGAAGGAGAAGUUGCCCCAUUAACUAUAAAGCAGUUAGGAAAUGAGACUGGCGGUGUAGGCAUUGGAGGAUUUCCAGAGGGUCGUUUAAGUCCAAUUCGAUUGAGAUAUGUAUCCGGGACUGCUACAAUUGAUAGUGAUUUCUCCCUUAAUAUUACUGUGCCAAGAUUAACCUACAGAGACAAUUAUACACUGAAUGAUAUUCCAUUCCAGCCUAUCACUAGUAUUGAUGAUAAUAUCAUUGAGGGAGAUGAAACAAUAAGAGUCAUCAUAGUACCUGGUACAGAUAAUGUUGUUCAAGUACAGAGAGACCAGAAGACAGCUACCAUCACCAUUAUUGAUAAUGAUUCUGGUGUGCUGUCAUUAGAGAGAGGAACAUAUGAAGUGAUUGAGAAUGAAGGAACUGUAGAAAUAUGUGCUGUACUAACUGGAGGAGUAUUACCAACUGAUACAGUAAUAACUAUGCUAGCUAGAUCUAACAGUGCAAGAUUUAGGAGUGACUACAUGCAUAGUCCUUGUGGAAGUCAUCCAAUAUUACCUGCAUUUGCAAACAGGACAUGUGGUAAAUUUAAUAUUAUCAAUGAUACCAUUAGAGAACAACUACUGGAGAACUUUACAGUGGAAAUAAGCAGCAUCUUCCCAGAAAAUAGUGGAUUAACAAUAGAUCGGAGUCCAUCAUUCAUUAGGAUACAAGAUGAUGAUUCUGGAGUUUGGUUUGCUAUGGGUGAAGCUACAUUCUCUGAGGGAGGAGGAAAUCAACCAAUCACUGUCUUAGGACAAUUCAUCCAGAGAGAGAAUAAAUACGUUGAAGUAUACAUUGAUGAUGGAACAAGCAACCAUGGAUUAUUCCUUGGUUUUGUCACAUUUGAUACUGGUGCUAUAAUACAGAAUAGGACUGUUGUUUUUCCAGUGGUUGAUAAUAACAUUGCACUGGAACCUGAUAAACAUUAUCUACUAAGAUUAAGGAGCUUUCGUAAUGAAAUAGAUCUUGGGACAAUGAAUGUGACUGUAGUGGAUGAUGAUGUGGCACAGCAAUUACAAGAGGAUGAAAUUGUACAGUGUUAUUCAUCUGCUGCUGAUUGUACUAGUAAUACUAAUAGAGUCAGUCUUGCAGCUAUUGACUGCUGUAAUAGAACUGGUGGAGGAUAUAUAUCUUAUUCUUCAUUAAAUGCAGAGACACAGUGUGGCGCAUGCAUUGUUGUUGGUUUUGAUCAAUCACGUGUGCAUAUUGGUCCAAGAGAUGCUGGUAGAAGGUACUCAUUUACUGCUGAUGUACUCCUCAGUACUCCUGGGGCUUCAACAAAUGAAGUUCGUGAGCUUCUUUUUAAUAUUUCCCAACAGCCAGAAACACUAGUUAAUGCUGCUGACUUUUUAAUGACACCAGUGUUCAGAGGACAAGACUUUGCUACCUUACCUACAAAUUUUAGUCUGCAGUAUGUAUCACAAGGGAACGCAGUUGCUCUCCAACCAACUCUUUCAUUCGAUUACUCAAUUGAACUUAGUUCCAGUGAAAAGAUGCCAUUAGGAGUUGUACUUGUAUACAAACGACUUAGCAUUACAAUUAAUGAUAUAGACACAAUGCCUGUUCAUCUACAGGUAUUUCCAUUUCUUGCAGAAGGUAUUACAGCUCAAGUUUAUAUCAAGCGUCAGAAAAUUAAUUUUUUGACUCCUUUUGAAGUCACCUUGUCAUAUGAAAAGCACCAAGGUUUAGGAAACCAGAAUCAAGCUUUGGGAGAUUUUGAUAAUUUUAAUUUUUCAAAGCAGAGUGUUCUAUUUGAUCCCAUCCAAGACAAAAAUGUUAUUGCAAAGUCUGUACCUUUAAUGGUUCCUGUAGAUAAUGUAGUUGAACUAUCUGAAGUUUUUCUAAUGAAAAUCAGUGCUACCAGUGCACAUGUUAAGAUUACAUCAGUUACAACUUAUCCAUUCAUUGUUGACAGUGGGGAUGUCUUUAGAAUUGGUAUUAAAGAUAUUAAUAUCUCAGUAAUGGAAGGAGGGACACCAGUGCUAACUAUACAGCAGAUAGGAGAUGAGAGAGGGGGAGAAGCAAUUGGAGGUUUACCAGAAAACAAAAUACAACCAAUUGUAUUAAGACAUGAAGGAGGGAAUACUACAAGAGGUGGCUUACAAUCUGAUUUCUCCUUUAAUCCUACUGUUCCUAAAUUAACCUACAGUGCCAAUAAUACACUGAAUGAUAUUACAUUCACUCCUAUCACUAGUAUCGAUGAUAAUAUCAUUGAAGGAAAUGAAACAAUAAGAGUCAUCAUAGUACCUGGUGGUGAUAGAUCUAAUGACCCUAAUGACCAUAAUGUACAAGUAGAGCUGAAGUGGCAAACAGCUACAAUCACCAUCAUUGAUAAUGACUCUGGUGUGCUGUCAUUAGAGAGAGGAACAUAUGAUGUGAUUGAGAAUGAAGGAACUGUAGAAAUAUGUGCUGUACUAACUGGAGGAGUGUUAUCAACUGAUACAGUAAUAACUCUACAAGCUAGAGACAACACUGCAGUAUGGAACAGUGACUAUAGUACUCAUGAAAUUCAUCCAGUACUAAAGGCAUUUGGAAGCAGGACAUGUGGCAGAUUUAAUAUCAUCAAUGAUGCUGUUAAAGAGGAACUGUAUGAGAACUUUAAAGUUGGAAUAGUCAAUGUUAAUCCACAGAACAGUGCAUUAACAAUAGACAGUAGUCAAUCAAUUAUUAGGAUACAGGAUGAUGAUUCCUGA